GGGCCCUGGCAACCCCGGGACGCCGUGCGGCCCCGCGCCCGCCAUGGCACUGCCGGACGACCGCAGGCGCCGCUUCCUGGCCGCCACCGCCGCCAACUUCUUCGGGCUGGAGCCGGGCGCCGCGGCCGCCAGCCUGGGCGCCAGCGAGCCGCUCGCCCGCUUCCUGGACGACGGCGGCGAGUUCCUCCUGGCCUUGCGGCCCGCGGGCGCCUGCCUCGCCGCCUCCAACCAGGUUGAAGCUGGUGAUUCAAAAGAUAAAGUGUUGGUGUUUUUCAAGCUGCGGCCCCAAGUCAUUACAGAAGAUAAUCUUCAUAGUAAUAUUUUUGUAUCAUCUAUGUUAGAUUCACCUAUUACUACCCUUUAUCAAGCAGUACGGCAGGUAUUUGCACCAGUAUUACUAAAGGAUGAGAAAUGGAGUAAGGAAUUUGAUCCCAAACUCCAAAAUCUUCUUAGCGAGCUGGAGGCUGGUUUAGGCACUGUUCUCAGAAGAUCAGAUCCUCAUUAUCAGGGAACAAAAUUCAGUGAAGAUGAUGUAAGAGCAAUACUUACACCAAGUGAUGAAUUUCAGUUCUGGAUUGAGCGUGCUCAUCGUGGAAGUAAACUGUGUAGCAAAGAGAGAGCUUCUCAUUUUAGAGACCUGUUUGAAACAAUUGCAAAAGAUUAUUACAACUUGGAUAGUCUCUCUCUAUAUGAAGCUGUCGAUUUAGUGGAGACUACCCGGGAUACUGUUGAUGAUGUAUGGAGACAAACAGAAUAUGACCCUUAUCCACAGCCCCGAAUGCAAAACCUUUUGGAUGUCAUAGGUGGCUCUCUUGGUAGGUUUGUUCAGAAAAAAUUGGGAACUGUACAUCUGUGGGAGGAUGCUUUUAAUGUUGUUAAAGAAAAUCUGAAAACUGGCAUCAUGAUUUGUGAACAGUGGGUAGCAGCCUGUCACCAUUUAACUGGACAACUGUGGCAACAUUAUGCUCCACAUCCAUGGAAAAAUGAUAAGUUUUCUCCCGAAGCAUUAGAUAAACUCCAGAAACGUCUUGAUGAGGUACUAACAAUUCGAACACUUUAUGAAAAACUGACAUAUUUUUUACCAACUGGGGAACAAAAAGCAUUAUUGCACCUUGCCCAGGUUUUUGAGCCCUUUGCUGGUCUCAAUCCUGUACACUAUAACCCCUACACAGAGCCUUUAUGGAAAGCUGCCGUGUCUCAGUAUGAAAGAAUUAUUGCACCAGCAGAACAAAAAAUAGCAAGCAAAUUGAAAGCAUUUAUUUCAGAUAUUCAGGACAGCCCACAACAGCUUCUUCAAGCAUUUCAGAAGUAUAAGGAGUUAGUGAAACGCCCAAGCAUUAGCAAAGAAUUACUUUUUGAAAGGGAAACAUUGCUAGCAAGACUUCAAGACUCUAUCAAAGAUUUUUGCACAGACUUUGAAGCUCGAUGCCAUGGUGUUCCUGGUGACAUUUCUGGGCCGCUUUCAGGCAAAAAUCUCUCUGAAGUUGUCAAUAACAUUGUUUGGGUCCGGCAGUUAGAACUAAAGGUGGAUGAUGCUAUCAGGAUCUCAGAAGCUCUUCUGUCUGACUUGUCUGGAUUUCGAUCUUUUCGAAGAAAUGCAGAUAAUCUUUUAGAACAGCUUAAAUUAUAUGAACAAGAUCAAUUUGACGAUUGGUCCAGGGACAUUCAGACAACAUUGUCAGAUCCCAGGUCGGGACUGUGCAUACAAGCUAGCAGUCCUGUUAUGGAACUGGAUCAUUCUGAUGGAUCACUAAAAAUACAUUAUUCUGAUCGUUUAGUGACUCUCCUAAGAGAAGUUCGUCAGCUGGCAGCACUUGGUUUUAUUAUUCCUGCUAAAAUACAGCAAGUUGCAAACACUGCACAAAAAUUCUGCAAGCAAGCAGUUAUCCUUAAACAGGUGGCACAUUUUUACAAUUCUAUUGAUCAACAAAUGAUUCAGAGUCAGAAGCCAAUGAUGUUACAGUCUGCUUUAGCAUUUGAACAGAUAAUUAAGCAUUCAAAAGUUGGUUCUGGGGAAAAGACUCAGAUAACUUGGGAUAAUCCCAAAGAAUUAGAAGCAUAUAUCCAAAAACUCCAAACUGCUGCUGAACGGCUUUCCACUGAAAACAGAAAACUAAGGAAGUGGCACACUAGCUUUAUUGAAAAAGUUAUUGCUCUGAUGAAUAUUGAUCUACUUCGGCAUCAGCAGCAUUGGAAGGAUGGACUACAGGAACUCAGAAGUGGGUUCACCAGUGCUGAGAUGCAGGGUGUUCAUUCAUGUGACAUGAAAGCAUGGAGACAACACUGGAAUCAUCAACUCUACAAAGCCCUGGAGCAUCAAUAUCAAAUGGGUUUAGAGGCACUCAAUGAGAAUCUAACAGAAAUCAAUAUUGAUUUAACUUUCAAACAAGGAAGAUUGCAAUUCAGACCUCCUUUUGAAGAAGUACGAGCUAGAUACUACAGAGAAAUGAAGAGAUUCAUCUCCAUUCCAAACCAGUUUAGGGGAGUGAGUGAAACAGAAGAAGAAUCUAUCUUUGCUGUUAUGACUGAGAGGAACGCAAGUGGAUUUCUGACCACUUUCAGUAAAGCAGAGGAUUUGUUCAGAAGAUUGGGAGAAGUUUCAAAUCAAUUUAAGGAAUGGGUUGUAUUUGGACAAGUAGAUAUGGAAAUUCUGGUGGAAAAGCAUCUUUCUAGUGAACAGGACUGGGAAAAAAACUUUAAAGCAUUAAAAGUAAGAGGCAAAGAAGCAGAACGCCUUCCAAGCACCAUCAAGAUAGACUGCUUAAUUGUUAAUUGUAACCCUGUGAAGACAGUGAUUGAUGAUUUUAUCCAGAAGUUGUAUGAUGUUCUUGUCCUUUCUUUGAGAAAGUCCAUACAAGCUCAUCUACAUGACGUUUCUUCAUUUCUAACUGAUGCAAUGGAAGCAUUAAUAGUUAGGCCCCAUAGUGUAGAGGAGCUAGCAGAAGAUAAUUUAAAGUAUAAAAAAUUGCAAGAAAAAAAGGAAGAGAUUUUUCUCAGGUUUCAAGAAGCUGAAGGUAAAAACAAGCUUUUGCGGACAGUGGCUGGUGGGGGUUUAGAUACAAUGAGCAACCUGAGAGCUACAUGGGAUAAGUUUGAAUUAAUGAUGGAAAGUCACCAACUCAUGAUUAAAGACCAGAUUGAAGUGAUGAAAGGAGAUGUGAUGGCCCAUGUUAAUGUAUAUCUUCAAGAACUGGAAAAGUUUAAAGCUCGUUGGGAUCAGUUAAAACCUAGUGAUGAUGUCAUUGAAACAGGCCAUCGGGAUAUGCUUGAGAAAAGUGCUCAGAUAAUAAAAGAAAAAAAAACUGAAUUUGAUGAACUUGAAGUCACAAAGAACAAAUUGAUUGAGGAUUGCCAUCAUUUUGAAAUAGAAGAGCCGGAUUUCUCCUUGGCAAAAACUGUAUGCAAGGAUAUUGAAAGCUGCGCAGAAGUAUGGACACUUUAUGAAGAGUUUCAUCAAGGUUUUCAGGAAAAAGCCAAGGAAGACUGGAUUACUUUUAGGAGUAAAACUUAUUUGUUUGAAGAAUUUUUGUUUAACUGGCAUGACAAGCUGAGGAAGAUGGAAGAACACACUAUCAUGACUGUGAAGUUGCAAAAAGAAGUGGACAAAUACAAAAUGACACUUCCUGUCCUGAAAUAUGUUAGAGGAGAACACCUUUCUCCAGAUCACUGGCUGGAUCUCUUUCGUCUUCUUGGUCUUCCUAGAGGCACUAGCCUAGAGAAUUUGUUAUUUGGAGAUCUGCUCAAAGUAGCAGAUGUAAUUGUAGAAAAAGCAGCAGAGCUUAAGGAUUUAAACGGUCGGGCACAAGGUGAAGUCACAAUCAGAGAAGCAUUACGUGAGCUGGAACUCUGGGGAGUUGGAGCUGUCUUUUCAUUAACAGACUAUGAAGACAGUCAGGGUAGAACUAUCGUGCUGAUUAAAGACUGGAAAGACAUAGUCAACCAAGUUGGAGAUAAUCGCUGUCUUCUUCAGUCCCUCAAAGACUCUCCUUAUUACAAAGGCUUUGAGGAUAAAGUGUCUAUUUGGGAAAAAAAACUUGCUGAAUUGGAUGAGUACCUGCAGAAUUUAAACCAGAUUCAAAGGAAGUGGGUGUAUUUGGAACCCAUAUUUGGUCGUGGAGCUCUGCCCAAAGAACAAGCACGCUUUAACAGAGUUGAUGAAGACUUUAGAUCAAUUAUGUUAGAUAUCAAGAGAGACAAUAGGAUAACAUCACUCAAUGCUCGGGCAGGAAUAAGGAAUACUUUGAUGACCAUACUUGAUCAGCUUCAGAGAUGUCAAAAAUCUUUGAAUGAAUUUCUGGAGGAAAAGCGUUCAGCAUUCCCUAGGUUCUAUUUUAUUGGAGAUGAUGAUUUAUUAGAAAUCUUGGGACAAUCUACUAAUCCUUUGGUUAUUCAGUCUCACCUUAAGAAACUUUUUGCUGGCAUCAACAGUGUGAACUUUGAUGAAGAAUUUAAACACAUCAUUGCAAUGAAAUCUUUAGAGGGAGAAAUAGUCCCCCUUAAAAAUAAAAUUCUUCUGUCAAAUGAUGUUGAGGUUUGGCUAAACAAUUUGGCUUUGGAGAUGAAGGAAACCUUGAAGCAAUUAUUGUUUGACUGUGUAACUGCUGGGAGGAGUUCACAAUGUUCAAUUGAUCCAUCACUCUUUCCUUCCCAGAUUCUUUCCUUGGCAGAACAAAUUCAGUUCACUGAAGAUGUUGAAAAUGCCAUUAAAGAGCACAAUCUACAACAGAUAGAGUUAGAACUCAUGGCUAAACUGGAGCAUUAUACCAGUAUAGAUACAAGUAUGGAAGACCCAGGAAGUAGAGAAUCUGGAAUCCUUGAACUAAAGCUUAAAGCUCUGAUUCUUGAUAUUAUUCAUAACCUUGAUGUGGUGAAGCAGCUAAAUGAAGUUCAGGUUCAUAGUGUUGAUGACUGGGCUUGGAAAAAGCAACUCAGAUUCUAUAUGAAAGACAAGAAAUGCUAUGUUCAAAUGGUGGAUGCUGAACUGCAGUACACAUAUGAAUAUCAGGGAAAUUCUCCAAAACUUGUUUAUACACCUCUGACAGAUAAGUGCUAUUUAACUCUUACCCAAGCUAUGAAGAUAGGCCUUGGAGGAAAUCCCUAUGGCCCAGCUGGAACUGGAAAAACAGAAUCAGUAAAGGCCUUGGGAGGACUUCUUGGAAGACAAGUUUUAAUCUUUAAUUGUGAUGAGGGCAUUGAUGUGAAGUCGAUGGGCCGUAUAUUUGUUGGUUUGGUGAAGUGUGGUGCUUGGGGAUGUUUUGAUGAGUUCAAUAGAUUGGAGGAGGCAGUAUUGUCUGCAGUAUCCAUGCAGAUUCAGACAAUUCAGCAUGCACUGAAAAAACAUAGUCCUGUGUGUGAACUGCUUGGCAAAGAGGUUGAAAUGGAUCAUAAUUCUGGAAUUUUUAUCACUAUGAAUCCUGCUGGAAAAGGUUAUGGAGGAAGACAGAAACUACCAGAUAACCUCAAACAACUUUUUAGGCCUGUUGCUAUGACUCGUCCAGACAAUGAACUCAUUGCAGAAGUAAUUCUGUAUUCGGAAGGUUUUAAAGAUGCUAAAACACUUGGCAGAAAAUUAGUGGCUAUUUUUAAUUUAGCCAGGGAACUUCUAACACCCCAACAGCACUAUGAUUGGGGUUUAAGAGCACUGAAGACUGCUUUGAGGGGAUGUGGUAAUCUCCUUCAUCACCUGAAGAGGAAUGGGAUAAAGGAAAUAAUUAAUGAAAGCCAUAUUGUGGUCCAGGCUUUGCGGCUCAAUACCAUGUCGAAGCUUACAUUUGCAGACUGUGCACAGUUUGAUGCAUUAGUUAAAGAUGUCUUCCCUGGCAUUGACUUUAAGGAUGUGGAAUAUGCUGAAUUGGCCACAGGUUUGCAACAAGUCUUUAAAGAAGCCAAUAUGGAAAUCAUAAACACCCAGAUCAAGAAGGCCUUGGAAUUAUAUGAACAGCUGCGUCAGAGAAUGGGGGUGGUUAUUGUAGGUCCAAGUGGUGCAGGCAAAUCAACUCUUUGGAGAAUGUUAAGGUCAGCACUUGGUAAAAUUGGCAAAGUUGUGAAACAGUAUACCAUGAAUCCCAAAGCCAUGCCUCGGCAUCAGUUACUAGGCCACAUUGACAUGGAUACCAGGGAGUGGUCUGACGGUGUGCUUACAAACAGUGCUCGACAAGUGGUACGAGAACCACAAGAUAUUAAUUCAUGGAUAAUCUGUGAUGGUGACAUUGACCCUGAGUGGAUUGAGUCUUUGAAUUCUGUUCUGGAUGACAAUCGAUUAUUGACUAUGCCCAGUGGAGAAAGAAUUCAAUUUGGUCCAAAUGUUAAUUUUAUAUUUGAAACUCAUGACCUGAGCUGUGCCUCUCCUGCCACAAUAUCUCGAAUGGGAAUGAUCUUUCUUAGCGAUGAAGAUACAGAUCUUCAUUCUCUCUUGAAGUCUUGGUUAAGAAACCAGCCUGAAGAAUGCAGACAUAAUCUUGAAAACUGGAUCGGGGACUAUUUUGAAAAGGCUUUAAACUGGGUUCUAAAACAGAAUGACUAUGUGGUAGAAACCAGUCUAGUUGGAACGGUGAUGAAUGGGUUGUCUCAUCUCCAUGGAUGCACUGAUCGUGGACAAUUUAUAAUUAGCUUGAUGCGGGGCCUUGGUGGAAAUCUCAACAUGAAAUCACGGCAGGAAUUUACAAAAGAGAUUUUUAAUUGGGCACGAGAAUCUCCACCAGAUCCCAGGAAACCACUAGACACAUAUUAUGACCCUGACACUGGACACUUAAUGACUUAUCAGCUGAAAAAAACUGAAAAUUUGAUUGCUGAUGACUUCAGUAAUCUCCAAACGCUUCCUGUUAUUCAAACCCCUGACAUGCAGAGAAGUUUAGAUUACUUUAGACCCUGGCUAAACUUUGACAAUAAGCAGCCAUUUCUUCUUGUUGGUCCUGAAGGUUGCGGAAAGGGAAUGCUACUUCGUUAUGCCUUUUCUCAACUCCGGUCCACCCAGAUUGCUACGGUUCACUGCAGUGCACAAACUACCUCUCAACAUCUCCUGCAGAAACUAAGUCAGACUUGCAUGGUAAUCAGUACAAAUACCGGUCGUGUAUACAGACCAAAAGACUGUGAAAGGCUGGUUUUGUACCUAAAGGAUAUCAACCUGCCCAAGCCUGAUAAAUGGGGAACUAGUACUCUUGUAUCUUUCCUGCAACAGGUUUUGACAUACCAGGGAUUUUAUGAUGAAAAUCUUGAAUGGGUUGGUUUAGAAAACAUCCAGAUUGUGGCUUCCAUGUCUGCUGGGGGAACAUUAGGAAGGCAUAAACUUACAUCCAGAUUUACAUCUAUUGUUCGUCUUUGUGCAAUUGACUAUCCGGAGAGAGACCAACUGCAAACAAUCUAUAGCGGAUAUUUAGAGCCUGUGCUACACAAAAAUCUAAAAAAUCACUCCAUUUGGGGUUCCUUACCAAAAAUACAUCAGCUAGCAGGGUCUAUGGUUCAAGUAUAUGAACAGGUCCGAGCAAAAUUUACAGUUGAUGAUCACAGUCAUUACCUUUUCACACCAUGCAUUCUCACUCAGUGGGUUCUUGGUUUAUUCAGAUAUGAUUUAGCAGGAGGGUCAUCAACGCAUACAAUAGAUUAUGUAUUGGAAAUAGUUGCUUAUGAAGCCUGUCGCCUCUUCCGUGACAAAAUUGUUGGUGCAAAAGAACUCCAUGUGUUUGAUAAUAUUUUGAUGAAAGUAUUUCAAGGAGAUUGGGGCUCAGAUAUCCUGCACAAUAUGACAGAUAUCUUCUAUGUAACUUGGGGAGCUAGCUCUGAGGCAUUCAUAGCACCAGGGACAACAUUACCUCCACAUGGAAGGCCACUUGGCAGACUAAACUCAGCAGACCUAAAAAAUGUUAUAAAAAAGGGAAUCAUUCAUUAUGGACGAGAUAACAAGGAGAUAGAGAUUUUACUUUUCUCAGAAGUCCUUGAAUAUAUGUCUAGGAUUGACAGAGUACUGAGCUUUCCUGGAGGAUCACUUCUUUUAGCAGGACGAAGUGGCGUGGGUCGUCGGACUGCUACCUCAUUAGUCAGUCACAUGCAUGGAGCAGUUCUGAUUACUCCAAAGAUUUCCAGAGGUUACGAAGUGAAACAACUUAAAAAUGAUCUUAAACAUGUGAUGGAGCUCGCUGGCAUUGAGGCACAGCAGGUAGUAUUGCUGUUGGAGGACUAUCAAUUUGUCCAUUCCACAUUCCUUGAGAUGAUCAACAGUCUGUUAUCUUCAGGCGAGAUUCCUGGAUUGUACACAAUUGAAGAAUUAGAACCACUACUGUCUCCUCUGAAAGACCAAGCUUCACAAGAUGGAUUUACAGGACCUAUUUUCAACUAUUUUACAUAUAGGAUCCAACAAAACCUGCAUGUUGUCUUAAUUAUGGAUUCCUCUAAUUUAAACUUCACAAUAAACUGUGAAAGUAAUCCAGCUCUACAUAAGAAAUGCCAGGUGCUAUGGAUGGAAAGCUGGUCCGAAAGCAGUAUGAAGAAAAUACCUGAAAUGUUGUUUACUGAUUCAGAUGAACAACAAAAGACUGACAGAGCACACAUAGAACCCAAGAAAAUAUGUUCUGGUGAUUCUGAUUUUUUUAAGUCAUUUUUGCCAAUCCAUGAGUCAUGCAAAACAUAUGGAGCAACUCCUAGCAGAUAUAUGACUUUUCUACGUAUGUAUAGUACCAUCAAUAGCAGCAAAAGAGCAGAGUUGAUAAAAAGGCAAAACCAUUUGCAGGCAGGAGUGUCUAAACUGAAUGAAGCCAAAGCCCUUGUCGAUGAACUAAACAGAAAAGCUGGAGAACAAAGCGUGUUGCUCAAAACUAAGCAAGAUGAGGCUGAUGCUGCCCUCCAGGAAAUAACAGUGUCUAUGCAGAAUGCAAGUGAGCAAAAAACGGAAAUGGAAAAAAUAAAGCACAAAAUAGCAGAAGAAGCUGCAGAAAUCGAAGAAAGGAAAAGACAGAUUGAUGACGAACUAAAAGAGGUUCAGCCGCUGGUUAAUGAAGCUAAAUUAGCGGUUGGAAAUAUAAAGCCUGAGUCCUUGUCAGAAAUCCGGUCACUACGAGUACCCCCAGAUAUAAUCAGAGACAUACUAGAGGGUGUUUUACGACUAAUGGGGAUUUUUGAUACAUCAUGGGUAAGCAUGAAGAGUUUCCUUGCCAAAAGAGGAGUGAGAGAAGAUAUUGCAACCUUUGAUGCCCGUUACAUUCCAAAGGAAAUAAGAGAGAGCGUAGAAGAGCUCCUAUCCAAAAACAAGGCAUCUUUUGAUCCAAAGAAUGCUAAACGAGCCAGUGCUGCAGCUGCUCCAUUAGCAGCCUGGGUUAAGGCCAAUGUCAAGUAUUCCUAUGUCCUGGAACGAAUUCAACCUCUGGAAAAAGAACAGGCAGGAUUGCAGGCGAACCUAAAGAAAACUGAAGACAGAAAACAAAAGCUGGAAGAUCUGCUUAACUCUGUUGGUCAGAAAGUAUCGGAACUGAAAGAUAAAUUCCAAAGUAGAACAACAGAAGCAGCCAAACUUGAAGCAGAACUAGCUAAAGCACAAAAAACACUAAAAGCUGCAGAAGUACUAAUUAAUCAGCUUGACAGGGAGCACAAGAGAUGGAACAUACAGGUUGCAGAGAUAACUGAUGAACUAAGUACUCUACCUAAAAGAGCUCAGUUGGCUGCUGCUUUUAUUACCUAUCUUUCUGCUGCUCCAGAGGAUCAACGAAAAGCCAGCCUGGAUGAAUGGACAAAAUCAGCUGGUCUUGAAAAAUUUGAUUUAAGGCGGUUCCUAUGUACGGAGAGUGAAGAACUAAUUUGGAAGAGUGAAGGUUUGCCCUCAGAUGAUCUUUCCAUAGAAAAUGCUCUUGUGAUUUUGCAGAGUCAGAUUUGUCCGUUUUUGAUAGAUCCUUCUUCCAGAGCUACAGAAUGGUUGAAGACACACUUGAAAGAAUUACGUUUGGAAGUUAUUAAUCAGCAGGAUACAAACAUCAUUACUGUUCUUGAGCUAGCAGUGAGAUUUGGGAAAACACUCAUUAUACAGGAGAUGGAUGGAGUAGAACCUGUUCUUUAUCCACUGCUAAGAAAAGAUCUUGUUGCUCAAGGACCACGAUAUGCUGUAGAAAUAGGGGACAAAAUGAUUGAUUAUAAUGAAGAAUUUCGUCUGUUUCUUUCAACACGAAAUCCAAACCCCUUAAUUCCACCUGAUGCAGCUUCUAUUGUUACUGAAAUUAACUUUACUACAACGAGAAGUGGUUUAAGAGGACAGCUUUUAGCUUUAACUAUCCAGCAUGAAAAACCAGAUUUGGAAGAACAGAAGACAAAACUACUGCAACAUGAAGAGGAUAAGAAGAUACAGUUAGCUAAACUUGAGGAAUCCCUUUUGGAGACUCUUGCAACAUCACAAGGCAAUAUACUUGAAAAUAAGGAUCUAAUUGAAUCUUUGAAUCAGACUAAAGCAAGUAGUGCACUCAUCCAAGAGUCACUUUCUGAGUCUCACAGACUUCAGAGCUUCCUUGAUCAGGAGAGGGAUGCCUACCUUCCUCUAGCUGAGAGUGCCAGCAAGAUGUACUUUAUUAUCUCUGACUUGUCCAAAAUUAAUAAUAUGUACCGUUUUAGUUUGGCUGCCUUCCUACGGCUUUUCCAAAGGGCCUUGCAAAACAAACAGGAGUCAGAAAGUACUGAAGAAAGAAUCAAGUCUCUUAUUAGCUCCUUAACACACAUGGUGUAUGAAUAUGUCUGCCGCUGCUUGUUUAAGGCUGAUCAACUAAUGUUUGCUCUCCAUUUUGUACGAGGAAUGCACCCUGAACUUUUCCAAGAUAAUGAAUGGGAUACUUUCACUGGUGUAAUCAUUGGAGAUACUUUAAGAAAAUCAGAUUCACAAAGAAAUAUUCGUGACCAGAUUCCCUCUUGGAUAGAACAGGAACGAGCUUGGGCAGUAGCAUCUCUGAAGAUCUCAUUUCCAGCACUGUAUCAAACACUCAGCUUUGAAGAUGCAGAUCUGUGGCGAACUUUCUCUCAGAGCUCUGUAUGUGAACAAGAUUUCCCAACUUGUAUUGCAAAGAAAAUUUCCCUAUUUCAACAGGUCCUGGUGGUCCAGGCUGUCAGACCAGACCGACUUCAGAGCGCAAUGGCUCUUUUUGCAUGUAGAACUGUAGGAAUUAAAGAGUUAUCCCCACCCCCUCUGAAUCUGAAACGUCUAUACAAAGAAACAUUGGAAAUUGAGCCUAUUUUGAUCAUUAUUUCUCCUGGUGCUGAUCCUUCUCAAGAACUACAGGAACUUGCCAGUGUUGAAAGAAAUGCUGAAUGCUACCACCAGGUUGCCAUGGGUCAGGGCCAAGCUGAUUUAGCCAUUCAGACACUCAAGGAAUGCGCACGAAAUGGAGAAUGGCUGUGUUUGAAGAACUUGCAUCUUGUCGUAUCUUGGCUUCCUAAACUGGAAAAGGAACUGAAUAGUCUUCAACCCAAACCUGACUUCCGCCUUUGGCUAACUGCUGAAGUUCAUCCACAUUUUACUCCAAAUUUACUUCAGUCAAGUCUAAAGAUAGCAUAUGAGGCACCUCCAGGCUUAAAAAAGAAUUUAAUGCGAACCUAUGAAUCUUGGACUCCAGAGCAGAUUAGCAAAAAGGGAAAUUUGUCUCGAGCUCAUGCUCUGUUUAGUUUGGCCUGGUUUCAUGCUGUAUGUCAAGAAAGAAGGAAUUACAUCCCUCAGGGUUGGACCAAGUUUUAUGAAUUUUCUUUAUCUGAUCUCCGUGCAGGGUAUGACAUUAUUGACAGGCUCUUUGAUGGUGCCAAACAUUUUCAGUGGGAGUUUGUUCAUGGUUUGUUUGAAAAUGCCAUUUAUGGAGGCCGUAUAGAUAAUUACUUUGAUAUGAGAGUCCUUCGGUCCUAUUUGGAACAGCUUUUCAAUUCCACCAUCAUUGGUGGUUCACAUCUCAGGGGCAAGAAGAUGACCAGAUUCCCAUGUUCCAUCUCUCUACCCAAUUCUUGCAGCAUUUUGGAUUACCGUGAUACUAUUGAAAGCCUUCCAGAAGAUGAUAAACCUGAUUUUUUUGGCCUGCCUGCCAAUAUUGCACGCUCAUCUCAACGCAUGAUCAGUUCCCAGGUCAUUUCACAGCUUCGGAUCCUGAGCAGGUCAGUAACUGCUGGCUGCAAAUUUGAUAGAGAAAUCUGGUCAAGUGAGCUUUCUCCUGUUCUCAAUCUAUGGAAGAAACUUAAUCAGAAUUCCAACCUGAUUCAUCAGAAGGUGUCUCCUCCCUCUGAGCGGCAAGGUUCACCAAUCUUAUCAUUCAUUAUUCUUGAACAAUACAAUGCCAUUCUCCUAGUACAAAGUGUCCAUCAGUCACUUGCAGCUCUCAGUAAAGUCAUCAGAGGUACCUCACUGUUGAGCUCUGAAGUACAAAGACUAGCAAGCGCUCUACUAAACCAAAAGUGUCCCCUCGCAUGGCAGAACAAGUGGGAAGGUCCAGAAGAUCCUCUACAGUAUCUCAGAGGUCUUGUGUCUCGAGCACUUGCUAUCCAGAAUUGGGUAGAUAAAGCAGAAAAACAGACACUCCUGUCAGACACCUUGGACCUCUCAGAGCUCUUCCAUCCUGAUACAUUUCUUAAUGCUUUACGCCAAGAGACUGCAAGGGUAAUGGGCUUCUCAGUGGACAGCCUUAAAUUUACAGCAUCUUGGAAAGGUCGAAUCCAAGAAGCAAAACUUCAGGUUAAGAUCAGUGGCCUGCAACUGGAAGGUUGCAGUUUUGAUGGAAAUCGGCUUUCAGAAAAUCAGCAUGACUCUCCCAGCGUGUCAUCAGUGCUUCCUUGUUACAUGGCCUGGAUUGCGCAGGAUGCAUAUGGUCCAUAUUCUCCAGAGGAAUGCAUAUCCCUGCCAGUCUACACUAGUGCUGAAAGAGACCGGGUGAUGACAAAUAUUGAUGUCCCAUGUGGACAAAACCAAGACCAAUGGAUCCAAAGUGGAGCUGCAUUAUUUUUAAAAAAUCAGUAAGAUAUAACUGAAUUUGUUAUUUUAAUUUGUUCUUGCAGCUAAUAAUCUCUUAAAUAUCUGAACUGUUUAUUGUAAGAUAGUCAGGUUUUACUAUAUACAUAUCAUUAAUUCUAAAACAAUGCUACAUAAAUAUUUGUGUUUUAUAUACCAUAAAAUUGUAAAAUAAAUGUAUUUGAAUUAGAAUAAACUGCUGUUUUGAGGGCUAGCAUAAGAAUUAACCACAAUGCUGCUGUACCAAACACACCAGAGGGCAAUUUCUCAGAUUCUGACAUGAUCUAUUGCCUAUUCUGAUUUUUUUGCAUUUUGUGUUUUGAUUAUUGCAAACCCAUAGAGGUUAAAUAUAAAUGCAAGUCAAAAUGUUUCCUCUGAUCUGUUUAUUAUAUUUGUGUUCUGUCUGUACUAUUAUAUUUUUUAUAAGACCACACUAAUUUAAUAAAAGUAGUCAACAAGUCUUAAUAUUAA